AUGCAUAUCCAGUCCAGUGUUGAUAUCCAAGUUUCAUUCUCGAGCAAAAUAGAUGAUGAUGACCUGAAGAUCGUCAAUGCCCUUGAGCAUCGAAAUCAAAAAGUCAUCAAUGCUGUCUCCAUAUAUCGAAAGCACGUGUCAAAUACAGUUAAAACUGGUCUUCGGGAGGAAAAUGUGGACAAGCGCCGGAAAAAGCUCGACGAAUUCUCGCUCUGUGCGGAUUUGCGUGACAUUUCAACGGAUCUCGAAGCUUCACAUACCACUUGUCUUCAUCGGGUCAUUCAAAAAAUUAGCCAAGCAUUACAGGUUAUUGUCGAUGAAAAGGUACUGUCUAGAUUUCUUUUCGGCUAUAUUCUGAAAUUUUUCUAG